AUGAAUUUUAUAACAUUGAAUAUAUUCUCAUAUAAAUAUAGUGCCUAUAAGGCGAGUGGCGACGUCGAGCGACUUGAGGUACUCGAGGAGUAUGCGAAGCGCCAGCAGUGGGACAAGGGGCCGCAGCCGGAGCGCCGCUCUCAUGUCGGCGCAACGGCCGUGCUUCGUCCGCUGGUGGCCGAGUGGCCAGCUGCUGGCGCUGAUCGGGGCUGGAUGCGGCUGGCGCGGGAUCGCGCCGGUAUCCUCUCACCGUGCUCGCCGGUGGAGCACACCGCGCAUUAUGCAACGCGGAGGCCACCGUGCUGCCGACCUGCCUCACGUCUAGCCGACGAGCGCGUCGUACUAACCCGACGACGACGCUGCGCCGCUAUGCCCACCGACCUAGAUGCACUUUUACGACGCCGAGAAUGCAAUCGACACACAUAUUCGCGUCUCGUUCCGAUAAACGCAUCGACGACGAAAGCGGCCUGUGACGGAGAAUGCGGACGAAUUUGA